UCCACUGGCGAUGUGUGUUGGGCGCACAGAACACCCAGUCCCAUCAAAACCUCCCAGAAACGCAGAUUUUAAUGCAACUUGUUGACGACUGCGUGAUCUCCUGCGGAGCGGAGCUGAUCGCUUCAGCACCGGGAAGCCCCCAUGUCAUCCCCGGCGGGGGCUUAAUUGUUGCUGAAGAAAACUCACAAUGAGCUGCAUCAGAUGGAGCUCCGCCGGCAACACGCUUUCUACACCUUCUACACAUUCUGGCGCUUGAACUCUGGAAAAAGACAUUUUUUGAAGCUGAACGUCAUCAUUUUGAGUCGCUUCAAGUUUUUCUGGAAACCUGAAACAACUUGUUUUACUGUGUUUGUAUAUCUGCAGACCGACACGCUCUACCUUUCAGAUGAGAUGUGAAGCAAUCUCAGCAGCAACAUCUACUGAAGCUGAAGCCGCCCGCUGCUUCCCUGUGUAACCAGGCUGUAUGCUUGUUUGUACUGGACGUGUGUAAAUGAGGGACAGCGCUGCUGGGAUUCUCGGAUCGCUUUUGUACUCCGCAUCUCUUAAAGAAGAGUGGAGAGAAAUUCGUCAAAUGAGGAAAAAACAUGGUUGAACAUGCUGCAGAGGAUGCUUCAUGACAAAACUUUUGCUAUGUUGUAUGGACGCUACAACUGGCAUUUCUUACACCGGGAACCUGAAAAAGAACAGAGCGAACCUUGUAUAUCUGUUGUCACAUCUUCCUACACGCUGCUCCCCGCUUAGCUUCACUGAAAAGGAGGAGCCCAUUAAAGUAUUUAAUAGAAAGUUUAGUCAGAAGGUGCUGUUGCUAGCUGGCUGCUGGUUGGAGAUGAGAUAAGAGCACUGGGAAGAGAGAAAAAGAGUGCCUGUCUGAAUACCAAUUAGGAUUCGUCUCUCUUGCAGCUACACCAGUAAGAGAAAUCAAUAUUAGAGAGGCGAAAUGGACAAAUUAGCCGGCUUCAAUUACAGGAACAUUAGCUGUGGAUGGAAUUGGAUGUUUGCUGAAGGUUGAUAUGAAAUUAAGGUGUAAAUAUGAAACACGCUUCUGCAUUUGCUACUGACAAAACCAACAGUGCUACGCCACUGUACAGCCUGUUCAGUGCCAUGCCUGAACUGACGUGGUGAGGCUGGUUUAAACCCGGGAGAAAGGUUUAAAAGGAGCAGAGGCGACAUGGAGCUUGAUAAUAGUUCUCUGGACUACUUUACCAGCAACUACACAGAGACACCCUACACUACACCUCCACCCUGGAGCGAGGCCACGCUACUCGGCUUCCAGAUCUCCCUGUCUGCACUACUAGCUGUCGUCACCCUGGCUACCGUGCUCUCAAACGCCUUCGUCAUCGCCACCAUCUUUCUAACCAGGAAGCUCCACACACCGGCCAACUUCCUGAUCGGCUCCCUCGCCGUCACCGACCUGCUGGUGUCUAUUUUAGUCAUGCCGAUCAGCAUCGUCUACACUGUCAGCAAGACCUGGUCGCUGGGGCAGAUUGUUUGUGACAUCUGGCUGUCGUCUGACAUCACCUUCUGCACGGCCUCUAUCUUGCACCUGUGUGUGAUCGCAUUGGACCGCUACUGGGCCAUCACAGAUGCGCUGGGGUACACAAAACGCCGCACCAUGCGCCGGGCGGCGAUCAUGGUUGGGGUGGUGUGGGUGAUCUCCAUAUCGAUUUCCAUGCCUCCACUUUUCUGGCGGCAGGCCAAAGCCCACGAGGAGCUGACAGAGUGCAUGGUGAAUACAGAUCAGAUCUCCUACACCCUAUACUCCACCUUUGGCGCCUUCUACGUCCCCACAGUGCUUCUCAUCAUCCUCUACGGACGGAUCUAUGUUGCCGCCCGCUCCCGCAUCUUUAAGACGCCAUCGUGCUCGGGGAAACGUUUCACCACAGCGCAGCUCAUUCAGACAUCUGCGGCCUCCUCUCUCUGUUCUCUUAAUUCUGCCUCCAACCAGGAAGCACACCUACACUCUCUCAAUGCGGGAGGUGGGGGAGGAGGAGGGGCAGGAUCGCCUCUGUUCAUGAAUAGUGUGAAAGUGAAGCUGGCAGACAGCGUGUUGGAGAGGAAACGUCUGUGUGCGGCUCGGGAGAGGAAAGCGACCAAGACACUGGGCAUCAUCCUGGGCGCUUUCAUCGUCUGUUGGCUCCCGUUCUUUGUGGGCACGCUCGUCAUGGCCAUAUGUAAAGAGUGCUGGUUUGAUCCUGUGCUUUUUGAUAUAUUUACCUGGCUGGGAUACCUGAACUCCCUCAUCAAUCCUGUUAUCUACACCGUAUUCAACGAUGAGUUCAAACUGGCUUUCCAAAAACUCAUCAAAUUCAGACGGUUCAUCUGAAAAAAAAACUUAUUAAAACUCUCUUGGAAAACAGCAAGCGAAAAAGAGCAAACUACAUGCGGACUAGAUGAUAAUGAUAACGGAAGUACUGACACUUAAAUGUCCCAUCUUGUGAACACAUGCUAAUUGUGAUCUAUUUUUGUUUUUAUAUCAAACAGCUCUGUGCCAUAGCUCUUUAGAUAGCAUAUCCUUAGAUUUAUGCAUGCAUGCUAAAAAAGAGAAAAUCUUGAGCCCGAAGAAUUGUGUAACUCAUCUUAAAAAUACAUAGAAAGAAGAUUUGAGGUCUAUUUCAUGUCACAGGGACACAAAAGCAGAUGUAACAGUAUGGAAAGAGCAAACUAAGAGAGACUGGAUUUAAUCCAGCGCAAAUGAAAAGCCAUGAAAUACAUGUCGUCUUAAUCUUUGUGUCAUUCUGUAUGCUGCUGCUUCCAUAUAAUGUGUCUGUGGUACAGCAAAAUACUUAGAAAGACUGCAAAACUAUUGAGAUUCAGUAUGUGUCGCAAUAUAUGCAAUUAUAUUUGAAAGUGGUGUGCUAUACGUUUGUAUUUGUGUGUGUGUGUGUGUGUGUAUGUGUAAAGUACAGUUACUUUACCGUAAUAUAUGCGUGUUUGAGGAAGGCAGGAUUGUCAAGUGUUUGACAUUCAUACAUGCUCUUCUCUAGCGAGGCUCGUUUCGUCGUUGCAGAGACAGAAAUGGAAACGGCAUAUUCACUCUGCCUCUGAAUUUUAAGUAACAGCCAACACCAUAGCAACAAAUACACCCUUUCAAAAACGUUAUGAAAUGAUACGCUCGAGCGAAAGGGACAAGGUAGGAGAGAAUGAUAAGAGUCACGGCUA